GCACAUCCAACAAGUCGGUCAGAGGGAGCUCAAGCGGGCUCCUGCACUGGUUAAGAAAGCGGCAGAGAUUAAGAAGAAAGAAAAAGAGAUGCUGGAGAAGGCAGGUUUCAAGUCUCAUCUGUAGCGACGUCUCUAUGAUUCAGCAUUGUAAAAUAUAGCAAAUAGGAAUGGAUGGAAAUAUUAGCACUUGGUGCCGCAUAUGAUCCACCGGGCCGGUUAUUACGUGAGAAAUUAUAUUGUGCUUUGUUUUGCUACGCCUACAGCGCGUCUUUCAUCAACACCACCAUGUCGAGUCGAGGUCGUUCGACGUCGCCAAAACCGCUGCAAGGCAGAGGCCGCGAUGCAUCCAUGUCUCCGCCAAUAUCUCCCAAUGCCAAUGCUAAGGUUGUCAUUGUAACCAACCUUACUCGAAACGUCGUCGAAUCGCACCUGCAAACCAUCUUUGGCUUUUAUGGCCAUAUAAUAAAAAUUGACUUGCCUUUGUUUGGGAAAUCUGGCCAAAACAAAGGAAAGGCUGCCCUGGAAUACUCUGACCCUGUUUCAGCACACAAAGCUGCCUCGCAUAUGAAUGGCGGCCAGCUUGAUGGCGCUAUACUCAAAGUCGAGUUAUCUAAUCUUCCAGUACGUUCGCGCUCGCGCUCGCCAAAGGCGCGUCGGGGCGCACGUUCGUUCUCUCGCUCCUACUCCCGAUCUCGAAGUCGUUCGCGCUCUCCACCUGGAAGAUACCGUCGUCGAGGGGGAUGGGAUGGGUACAGAGGAGGAAGAGGCGGCAGGAGAGGUGGGGGCUUCUAUCGUCGGGGACGUUCUCGCACGCAUUCGCGCUCUCGGUCACCUCCACGCCGGAGUGGUGACCGCCUCGGUCCCAGGAGGCGGUCCCCGAGCUAUCAGCGUGGCGGUUACGGCAGAAGGAGGUCCAGGUCGAGAAGUUAUUCUGUUCGCUCGAGUCGCUCAAGGUCAAGGUCUUACUCGCGUUCCCGCUCGAGAUCAUCCUACUCGUCAUAUUCUAAAUACAGCAGAAGUAGGAGCCGGUCUAGGUCUGUUAGCAGAGGUAGGAGGAGCCAUAGCCGGGAUGAUAUUCGGGAUAGUCGAUCCAGAUCACCUAUGCGGGACUAAGAUUCUUGUAGUGAAUAAUGUUUGUGGGAGUCUAGGGAUCCAUCGUGGCCUAGUUCGUGAGUCAAUCGACAGAACAGACUAGGCAAACUCCCGGC